GGUGGUGCGGCCCGGUGCUACUCAGACAUCUCUGACUUCAGGCACUGUGGUGUAGUAUAAAGUGCAACUUUGGUAUACUGUGAUGAAACAUUUAUGCUAUUCCUGUCUCUUGUUUGUGUCUUAUCAUUCAACAUAAUCACCCGGCCCUUGUCUAUUUAAGCAGUGACAAUGAGUGAAGAAAGUCACCGUGAGGCAAGGCAGGUCAGAAAAAUCAAGGGACAGAGGCGUGGUUCCAUGGUGUACGUUUUUGAUGACCAAGGUUAUGUCAAGGAUUGGCAGUACAAUGAGAAGCUUCAUGUGCGGUGUCAUUUGUUCAAAAGUGGGUGCCAUAGGCGUGGCCACAUCAACCUGGAGAACAGCACUAUGAUGGUGACCAAAGACCACAACCAUGACUCCCAGGCAAGUUACAUUGAGCAGAUGGAGCUAAAAAUCGUUUAUGAAAGACUCAAUUAAGAAUGAUCCAACACAGAAUGCCAGGCAAGUACCUUGAUAUGCACUAUUGUUAGGUAAGUAGCAAUCGCAAAUUACUACGGUGAUGAUAAUUUCUCUAUAAACAUUGUAUAUAUUGUGCAGACAAAUAAGAUUACACUCAAAAUUUCAUCAAGAUCAAUUCACAGGCACGUGUAUGAUGAACGAUGUGCCAGGGCUCCAGCUUCUGCAGCAACUUCUGUGUCAUUUGAAAGCGUGAGGCGCACACUGCUAAAUGAACUAAACAAAUAUCUUCCUCCUGCUCCAGCCAGCCCCUUGGAGGCAGCAGACUUCUUGGCAUCAAAUACUAUGUUCCAGUCUUUCUAUAAAGGUGUGGCUACCUACAACGAUAACCUUGCCUUGAUAAUGUAUGAGGAUGGUAUAGAGGACAUUGUCAUGCACGUGAAAGAGAUGGCCAUGGAUGCUACAUUUUCUGUUGUACCAGCAAUUUUUGAGCAGCACCUGACCAUUUUCAGAUGCUUUGGAGACAAUUUUCUGCCUAUAUUCCAUGUCCUCAUGACAAGCAGGCAAGGGGAGCUGUAUACUGCAGUUCUUGAUAGGAUUAAGUCUCAGUUAUCUGGACUGGAUCCAACUAUUGUACACAGCGAUUUUGAAGUAGCAAUACACAAUGCUAUAGGUACAGUCUUUUCCAGUGCAAGACUGCUUGGCUGUUGGUUUCACCACAACCAAGCAGUCUUCCGAACCAUCCAGAAGAGGGAUCUGCGGGGGGAAUUUAACAAACCUGGCUCAGUCUUUAAGCUUUGGGCAAGAGGGUUUUUUUUCUCUUCCCCUUUUACCAGCAGACAAGAUUGAGGAGGGUCUGCAGUUUCUCAGAAACUCUUAAGCCACAAAUUCCCAGACAACAAGCUGCUGUGGACAGCCUUAUAGAGUAUUACAACAACUUUUGGUUGAGACGGAUUGGCGUGGACAGGUUGUCUGUGUGGGGACAAGUGCACAGAAUAAAUAAUUCAUGCGAGUCAUAUCAUGCUGUUAUGUCAAAGAAUUUGAAGCCCAAGACAAGGUUUUGGACCUUCAUUGAGUACAUCAAGAGAAAAGCUCUGCGAUUCGAGCUGGAUGUAGUCAGAGUUGCAAAUGGUGUAUCUGUCACACAGCAGCAGGGGAAAACAAUGGCACAGCAGAGGAUCGAGAAAGCUAACAGAGAGUUGCUUGCUGGUGGAACUGUUGAGGCUUUCAUAAAGCGCACGCGUUACCUCGGCAUGAAGAAGAGGGUCCUCAGAACUGACGAACCUGAUGAGGAGGGGCAGCAGCAAGUUGUACAGGUUGGGAAUGAGACUGAGGCUGAAGAGACUGACGAUGUACAGCCUCAUCCUGAACCUGAACCUUUACUUGAAGAGGAGCCAGAGACUGUCUACCAUUCCCCCAUUCACCCUCCCAGGCGUAGCCGUCCACGUGAAGCAGCAGCCACCAAGAAUGCGAAUGGCAGCAUCUCGCCAAGCCAGAACUGAGCAGUCAGACAACAUGGAACCAGGACCAUCAACUCUGCAAUCAACUAGUGACAAAGCUGACUGUGUGGUCUGCUACAGUGCCUCUGUGAAUAAGAAAGAGCCAAUCUGCCUGUUUCCCUGCAGUUACACAACUGUCUGCCUUAGAUGUGUCACAAUUAUAAAUAGCUCUACUUGUAAACAUUGCCCCAUUUGCAGAACAUAAAUUGUAUCUUUCAUAGAAGCUCAUAUGAACUUUUAGUCAUUUUGGUUAUUUUAGUUCUUUUACACGGUACAGUA